UCGAAUUUAAAAUAUUUGAUUGUAUACUUUUUGGUGUAAGUGUAGCAUAGUCCAAAUUUUAUUCCUAUAUUGGAAGCAGCCCUCUUGGUCUGUCUGUUGAUCAUAACAAUGAAAAUAGCUCCUCAUCGCAGCCAUUGAGGUUCAGAUGGCAUUCAACGGCUGUGAUUUCCUCUCAUCCUCUUGCUUUAAAUGUUAGGGACACCAUAAUUAUCAAUGAGAUUUAUCUUCCCAGCACUAUUCCUCCCAUCUUCUCUGGACCAACCAAACAUCUUUCCCAGUGCUUGGACAAGUAGAGAACUUGGAUUAGGGUUCUUGUUUUCUUGAAGAUUAGAUGGUCAUGGAUAGAAAUUCAAGUGGUUCUUGUCAGACCACUUCUGGGUUUGAACUGCAGGAUGAAAUGGUGAAGCUUUACCUCAACCAAGAAGCUAUCAGUGGUUUCGACCCGAAUUCUAUAGCCAAGAAUGUAAAAUACGAAGGCCGGAUUCCGAAUCCGUGGAGCGAACAGAGCUUUGAUGACUCCCAAAAUUCGAAUUCUGAAUGCUUCCCGUCUUACGGGCAUCCGAAUCCGAUCGACGGGUUAAACUGCGGUGAUGUUCAAGAGGACUAUGAUUUUAGUGAUUUGGUGCUGAAGUAUAUUAGCCAGAUGCUAAUGGAAGAGGAUAUGGAAGAGAAGGCUUGCAUGUUUCAAGAGUCCGCCGCCCUCCAAGCGGCUGAACGGUCUUUUUAUGAGGUCAUCGGCGAGAAAUACCCGCCAUCCGCCGAUCAAAAGGGUAGUUUUGGCAAUGUCAAUGUCGGCGAUUGUGAUCUGAAGUCAUCCCUGAAUUGGGACCGCGGUUCUCCGUCGUCCCUCAGUUCAUCAUCCAGUAGCUUAUGGGCUGUAAUUGAUUCACCCGUUAGUACCCUCCCGAUCCCCGGCAGACCGGGUUACGGUGAAUCCGUGGUACAGACUGUACAGCUCAUGAAAGAAGGCUUAAAGGGGAAGAAAAAUGUGCAUUAUGAUGAAGAAGAGAAAGAUUCAGAUAGGAGUUACAAGCAGUCGGCGGUCUCAUCACAAUCGACCGUUAAACCAGAAGUGUUCGACAAGGUUUUACUGUGCAGCGGCGGUAAAAAUGAGUCUGAUCUCCGUCGAUCUUGGCAGAGUGUUUCCGGUAAAAAUGCAGGGGAUAACAAUGGCCAUCAGAAAGGGUAUAAAGGGAAGAAACCCUUUUGGAAGAGAGAAAACAGCGGCGAAAGAGACGAAGCGGUGGACUUGAGAGCGCUGUUGACGCAUUGCGCGCAAGCGGUUGCUUCCAAUGACCGGAGGGCUGCGGACGAGUGUCUGAAACAGAUCAGAAGACACUCGUCCCAAACGGGAGACGGGAUGCAGAGGAUGGCCCACUACUUCGCCGACGGGCUCGAGGCCCGGAUGGCGGGUUGUGGGACCCACAUAUACAAAGCCCUCAUAACGAUGCCCACGUCAGCGUCCGACGUGCUGAAAGCGUACCAACUCUUCCUAGCCGCAUGCCCGUUCAGGAAGAUCUCGAACUUCUUCUCCAACAAAACGAUCAUGAAUCUCAUUCCCCGAGAUGCCACGUCGCUCCACAUCAUCGACUUCGGCAUUCUUUACGGCUUCCAAUGGCCUUGCUUCAUACAACGUCUCUCGUGCAUGCCCGGUGGGCCCCCGAGGCUCCGUAUAACCGGAAUCGACUUCCCGCAACCCGGGUUCCGACCCGCCGAGCGGGUCGAAGAAACGGGCCGACGCUUGGCCAACUAUGCGGAACGUUUCAACGUCCUGUUCGAGUUCAAUGCCAUUGCCCAGAAAUGGGAAACGGUUAAACUCGAAGAUCUUAAUAUAACCAAGGGCGAGUUACUCGCGGUGAAUUGCCUAUAUAGACUCAAAAACAUACUCGACGAGACCGUGGUUUCGAACAGCCCGAGGGACGCGGUCUUGGGCAUGAUCCACAAGCUGAAACCGGACGUUUUCGUGAUGGGGACCGUUAACGGGUCCUACAGUGCCCCGUUUUUCACCACGCGCUUUCGAGAGGCCCUUUUCCACUACUCGUCCGUGUUUGACAUGCUCGAGGCGACGGCCCCGCGCGAGGUUCACGAGAGGAUGCUCCUCGAGAAGGCGUUGUUCGGGAGGGAGGCGAUGAAUGUGAUAGCGUGUGAGGGCGCCGAGAGGAUCGAGAGGCCCGAGACGUACAAGCAGAGUGGGGCCCGGAACGCGCGGGCGGGGUUCCGACAACUCCGCUUGGACGAGGAAAUCGUGAGGAUGUCGAGGGAGCGUGUUAAGGUGUACCACAAAGAUUUUAUGAUUGACGGGGACGGGAAGUGGUUGUUCUUGGGAUGGAAAGGGCGCAUUAUUUACGCCCUCUCGUCCUGGAAGGCGGGGUAGGAAAUGACGAGAUCGGCCCUGUUCGUUACCGGUCUAUCCUUUUUUACAACCUCAAGAAGUUGGGGGUAUUUUUGGCCUUAGUUUGUGCUCUCAUUGUUUGUUUGCCUGUGGGCAUGACUAUAACUUUGUAGAAUUCCCAUAUUUCAGAGAAAUAUUAUUGCCUUUGUGAUGACAGGGGGUAAACUUUAAGGGUUUGUUUGGAUACAAGUGGUAGUUACUCGUAGGUUGUGUAAUU